GCUGAAGGCUCGUCGGAUGGGGCGCGGCACCGCCAAGCUGAGCGCAGGGAGGACGAAGGAGCACGGCAGCAAAGGAGGCCGACAACCCAUGGAUUCAGACAUCAACAGCUAAACUGACGGACGCAAAUUUAGUGAUAUUUUUGACGAAGAUCGUUUUAUCGAGACACUCAGACAACAUAUCACUAUCUAUGGAAAGAAUAGAGUGAAAUGGAAAAUGCCCGUGAAAGGAGCUGGAGAGGGAAGUUUCACCGACCUGGUCGAGUUAUCAAUCGUGAGGCAAACAGAAGGGAUGGAAAAUGCCCACUUACUCCUCUAAAGGUUGGUAUGAUGCUGCGAGGCAUGGGAUUUAACAAUACAACCUUCCUCUAUGUAGCUUCUGGGAAAAUACAGAAUGCUGCAAAAUACAUGGUUCCCCUUCGUCAGAUGUUCCCUCUUUUAGAGACCAAGGACACUCUUGCUUUGCCCGAAGAACUUGCUGAGUUUAAGGGGUACUCAUCUCGGUUAGCAGCAUUAGAUUACACUAUCUCUAUUCAGAGCGAGGUGUUUGUGACGACUCAAGGGGGGAACUUCCCUCACUUUCUGAUGGGGCACAGGCGUUACUUGCUAGGAGGGAAUGCAAAGACAAUAAAACCUGACAAACGGAAGGUGGUCUUAUCUUUUGAUGAUCCGAAUAUCAGGUGCAUGCAUAUAUACAUCAACAGGAAACACCAAAAUGUGGUUUUAAUGAUCAUCACUGUAGUUAUACCUCUCAAGGCAUGUUGUACACCUAUUCCAACAAAAAGAAAGAUCGGCCUAUGUUAUAAUAUCAAGAAGGCAAAAGACUGGCUGGAAAGGUACCUCUAUAUAUGUUGCGAUAGCACUUUUAUAGUCCAGGUAAAUAAAAGCACUUUCAUAAUUCUGCAUCGGGCUUGAACAUUCGUUUAUGCACAUAACCCAUCAGAUGAGAAGCAUCCAGCUCAAUACAUUUUUCUUCAUCUUCCAGACCUUGGGAAGAGCUCCCGGGAAGAUAUGACAUUGGGCUUUGUUUCUAGAAGUCUGGAUGGUUAAUCAUAAAAAAACAUUAUCGAAAUGAAUGUGAUUUUCCUUGAGAUGGC